UCCUCUUCCCCAUCAACAAAUCCUCCAACCCAUGAAGUUCUCAUUUCACUCUGAAAUGUCUCUCUUCCAAAUCCUCCUUCUUUGUUUAACCUUAGGUUUUGCCAGUUCUGUAACCAUCAAAAAUGAAACCUCUGCACAUAGAAACCUGGCAACUAAUCCUCUGUGUCCAUGGGAUAUAGCUUCCAUCCAAAAACUCAUCACUCAAAACCAUCUCCCUUUUAUAAAUCAGGGCAUCUCCACUCAAUGCCAGUACGUGCUUCAAGGAAUUCGUUUCCUCCGAUCCGAUUAUCUUCGAACCCACGGCUCCUUUUCUCUGCCUCCAAAUGUCCUAGAGGCCUGCUGGGACUCGUUCGAAAAUUUAGUCCACCAAUUCAUACCGGGAUUUCAAAUCAGAUCGAGUUGCGGCUACAACACCAACUUCAUUUCUGAAACUUGCAUGAACAUAACAAGUAGAUCCGAUUUCGAAAAGUUCGUUCCAGCCCCCCAGUUGCAGCAAAUCAACUCCUCUUGUGACCAGUCUCUGGCGACCGAUUCGGCUUGUGCUUCUUGUGUGGAUAGCUUGAAUAAUGUCAGCUCGUAUUACUUCAAAGGAUCGGAUGAUGGGAAUGUUUCCGAUUGUAAAGGGUACCCUUUUGUAUACGCUGCUGCUUUUGCUAACAGGUUUGGACCAGUUGACAUAGGUACCGCAAGGUGUUUGUUCUUGCUUGAUUUUAGUUCAGCUAGUCAAAAGUCCAGUAAGAACCCGAAUGCAGUGAUGUGGGGGAUUCUGUCUGGUUGUAUUGAUGGUUUUGUUGGGGCGCUUGUGGUGGUUUGGUGUCUUUGGGUGUGGCACAAGAAAUGGAGGAAGAAGAGGAGAGAUAAGUUGUCACGAGUCGAGGUACUGACAGAUGUGGAGAGUGGUACUAAUUCGUCGUCGUUGAAGUUCAGUUUUGAAGCAAUUCGAAAGGCGACAGAUAGUUUUUCUUUGGAGAAUAUAGUUGGUACGGGUGCAUAUGGCAAUGUUUACAAGGGGGUGUUACCAGAUGGGUCUGAAGUUGCAUUGAAAAGGUUCAAGAACUGUUCUGCUGCAGGAGACCAAGUUUUUGUACAUGAAGUUGAGGUCAUUGCAAGUGUUAGACAUGUGAAUCUUGUCGCCUUACGAGGAUAUUGUACCGCGACGAUGCUUAGAGAAGGGCACCAGAGAAUAAUAGCUUGUGAUUUAAUGAGAAAUGGAAGCCUAUUUCAGCACCUUUUUCAGCCAGGAUUCAAGAAGCUAACUUGGUCAAUUCGACAAAAGAUUGCGCUAGGAAUGGCUCAUGGAUUGGCCUAUUUGCACUAUGGAAUUCAUCCUGCUAUAAUCCAUAGAGACAUCAAAGCAAGCAAUGUGCUUCUAGACGAAGCAUUCGAGGCAAAACUAGCUGAUUUCGGGCUUGCAAAGUUCACACCAGAGGGACAGACACAUAUGAGUACAAGGGUAGCCGGUACACUUGGAUAUGUAGCUCCUGAGUAUGCUUUGUAUGGGCAGUUAUCCGAAAGAAUCGAUGUGUAUAGCUUCGGGGUUGUGCUUCUUGAGCUUUUGAGUGGGAAGAAAGCAGUUGUGGAAAUUCUUGAUGACAACAGGCCUUUAUUGUUGGCAGAUUGGGCAUGGUCACAAGUUAGGGAAGGUGCAGCUUUGGGUAUUAUCGAAGAAGGGAUGCCGGAGUUGGGUGUGCCAGAAGUGAUGGAGAAAUAUGUUUUGGUUGCUGUGCUUUGCUCUCAUCCUAUAGCAUAUGCUCGGCCAACAAUGGAUCACAUUGUGAAAAUACUUGAAAAUGAUGAUACUCCAGUUCCUUCUAUUCAAGACAGGCCUUUCUCUCUAUUAGCACAAAUGGAUGAUACAGAGAGAUCAAGAAGCCAGAACAACAAUUGUAAAUAUUCGAUUAAUUAAUUGGAGCGCGCAACAUGACCAUCUACAUUCAUCCAAUGACAUAGCUACACACGGGCUACGGUGGGCUGUA